AUGGCACGCCUCCGAACCCUCUUCACCGCUCUUACGCUCUCAUCCUUAACUCACGCCUACAUUGCCCCAAUCUCCACGCCCUCUACUCACAUCGCCAACAAUGAUGACGACGAUAACUCCGACACCCCUCUCCCCCUCAUAAUCUGGCAUGGUCUGGGCGAUAACUAUGCCGCCGAUGGCCUGGCCUCCGUCGCCUCCCUCGCAGAAACUGUAAACCCAGGAACCCUAACCUACAUAAUCCGCUUGGAUGAUACAGCCUCCGGCGACCGCUCCGCAACCUUCUUCGGCAACAUCACGCUCCAAAUCGAACAAGUUUGUGAAGAGCUAGCCGCUCACCCAAUUCUAUCCACCGCCCCCGCAGUCGAUGCCCUAGGGUUCUCCCAAGGCGGACAACUCCUUAGGGGAUACAUUGAGAGAUGCAAUUUCCCGCCAGUGAGGAGCCUAGUUACGUUUGGAAGCCAGCAUAAUGGGAUUUCCGAAUUCCAGUCCUGCUCGGCGACGGACUGGCUCUGCAAGGGCGCGCAAGGGAUCUUGAGGUCGAAUACGUGGUCGUCGUUUGUGCAGAGUCGAUUGGUGCCUGCGCAGUACUUCCGCGAUCCGACUCAGAUGGAGGCCUACCUGGAACACUCCAAUUUUCUCGCAGACAUAAACAACGAGCGUGUGCUGAAGAACCAGACAUACAAAAAGAAUCUGGAGAAGCUGGAGAGAUUCGUCAUGUAUACGUUUGAAGAUGAUACGACUGUUAUUCCUAAGGAGACGGGCUGGUUCUCGGAGGUUAACGGCACAGAGGUUACGCUUUUGAGAGAUAGGGCUAUAUAUAAGGAGGAUUGGUUGGGAUUGAGGACGUUGGAUGAGAAGGGAGCAUUGAAAUUUGAAGUUACGGGCGGGGGCCAUAUGACUUUGGACGGAGAGUUGUUGGCGAAAGUCUUCAGUGAGAACUAUGGUGUUUAUGGAAGGCCCUUCGAUGGCCAGAAAGAAACGGAUUAUCCAAGAGAGAAGGAGUUGUGA